AUGAAUUCAGCGAAGAAGAUUGUGGCAGAGGAGAUCAAACUGCAAGAGUAUCAUGGACUAACGCGACUUAUAAAGUGUUAUCUGUUUUUAUGCGGAGCAUGGCCGAUUUCACAUCCCGGAAUACUGUAUCGUGCCCUAUCUAUUUACACUAUUAUUUCCAAUUUACUAGGAAGCAUCACGUUGUUCCGAUUUACUUUCGCCAACGUUUCUAGUAUCAGCCAGGCGGUUAGAGGAUUUAGUCUAGGAAGUAGCUGCAUAUCCUUGGCGUUAAAGGAUAUACAGCUCACGUAUUACAUGAAAGAGUCAUAUGAGAUAUUAACGACUCUUCACAACUAUUUCAAAGAAUCUCUACUCGACAAGAACCUGAGAUAUUGCGUGUUAGAUAGGGUAACAAGUGUCAGACGUUUAACAUUGAUUCAUUUUUUUAUUGUCACCAGUGGCGCCUGCAUGUUCGCCUUCGUGCCAAUCAUUCGCAUUAUCCUUCAAACUUGGCAUGGCGUACAGCCAGUUAAAUAUACACUUCCAGCGCCGGCUCUGUACCCAUGGAAAAUAUAUCCUGGAGGCAUGGUUUAUAAAAUAACUUACAUAUAUGAAAUGUAUAAUAUGUUGUGCUUGGCCACCAUAACUGUUGGGGUCGAUUGCCUUUUUGCGUAUUAUAUAUUUCUCAUAACUGGACAAUUUCGAGUUCUGAGCCAUCAAAUGGUCAAUCUGCAGUCCAGUGAGGAUCAUGAUGAAUUUAUCCGCAAAUGGGUGGACAAAUUUCUGGUGUUGAGGCAAUGCUGUCGAAAACUCCAAAAAAUGUAUGGGCCCAUAAUUUUGUGGCAGAUCACCACCAAUGCAGCUGUAAUUUGCGCUAUACUGUUUCAAAUUUCGCAAGGUAAAGGCAUUCCUGUAGCAGCGUAUAUUCAAAUUCUCUGCUACAGUGGUGGGAAAAUAGUGCAAACUUUUAUAUAUAGCUCAUCUGGAACCAUUCUGACGGAGGAGAGUGAACUGGGAACACAAUCAGCGUACUUCUGCGAUUGGCCAGACGCAGUACAUCAUCGUUUCAGGACAGCUAUCUUAAUAAUUUUGACACAAGAGCCACUGAAAGUUUCAGUUGCUAACUGGAUAAUUGUGUCUAACGAAUUAUUUGUUAUGACGCUGAAUGCGGCAGUAUCUUAUUACUUCUUAUUACAGACAUUUGAAGAGAAGCAAUCGUAG